GUCACCCUUCAGCAGUAAGCCUGGGUCUCAUAAAUCUUUGUGCUUAUUAUACACUAUGUUCAAGUACUGGAGCGUAAAGAUUUGGGAUUAUCUUCAAAGCAAACUGUUACAUAAGGGGCAGAAAUGAACCCGAGGUGUAUUAGUUGUGUCUAACUCAAUCGAACCCCUGCAUAGGAAACAUGGUCUUCUUCUUACUAUUCUGGUCAGUGAUAGAAAGAACGUUCAGGGGGAUAGUCGGCCUCUGGAAAUUUGUUUGGCUGAACCCAGUGCCUGCAUUAACAGCUCUUGCUUUAAGUAAAUCAGAAGACCCAAGCAGUGCAAUAGAGACAGUUACUGAUUCACAGCCCCUGCUUGGAAAGUCAGCUUUUAAAGAGACAGAGAGUCUGAAGGAAGAGGAACCAAGCUUGCAUGACUGCAGUAAUCUAGUCCGCAAGAGACUAUUCAAAGCAGAGAGUGAAAUUCAGCUUCUGAAAUCUCAAAUCACCAAAGAAAAGGUGUUAUGGGAAGGCAGGUUUCAAGAGCUGCAGAGAAAACAGCGAGAGCUGAGGGAACAGCUCAGAUCAGAAGUGCAGAUGAGAACGGGCAAUCUUUCUAAGGAGGAAAUCAUAGGCAUAGGCUUUGCCGGGCCUGCAGUGAAUACUGCAGAUAAAGAUGAAGUGGAUAUGGCAGCAGACAAAGAUAGUUCUUCAAGUGGGAUGACAGUUCCAUCUAAAAAUGCAGAUCUGGAAGUGAUGUCAUUUAAAAGCGAUCUUCGCAGGAAUCGGAACAUUUCCAUUGGCUCCCAGUCACAGAGAGACCUGUCUGAGAGCCAGCACUCUUUAUCCCUGUCUCUGAAGAGUGCCAGCUCCAGACCCUCUUCCUCUGUCUCAAUGACAUCCAGUUUAGGAUCAUCCAGAAGCAGCAGGAAUCCUAACAGGGUGUUCGUUCCGCACUCCCACUUGGACCUGCAGAUCGGGCACAGAGUGAGGGUUUUGCUGCCUUCGGGCCGGAUCAGCACCGGGAUCGUGCGCUUCCUGGGAUACCUCAAUGGCAUGCAGGGCUUCAGCCUGGGGGUUGAGCUGGAGACUCCAGAGUAUGGACAACACGAUGGAGUGUAUGAGGGGCAAUGCUACUUCCACUGCAAGCCUGGUCAUGGAGUCUUUGUCGGUUUCAACAAACUUUUAAUGGCUUGGGAGUAAAGCUAUGUAAACAUGUCCAAUAUACUGUCGGACUGGAUGCCUGAAGGGAAAAUCAGAAAUGAUUUAGACGUACAGAGUGAAGUACAAUACUUCAGUACUAUCAGAUUACUACCCGGAUCGGUGAAACUCAGAUCACUGUUUAUGCAGGUCAAGACUGCCCCAGACAGAAGACGUCAUCUAAUGGAAUGUAAUUAAGGGUGGUACCCCUGUGCCCAAGACUGUACAAUGACUGGCAUUUACGAGGACCAGUCUAAAAAAUGAUGACAUUUCAUGGGCCAUCCUGGAGAACAAAGUUCUCUGCAGAAUUCUGCCCUAAACUUCUCUUUGGCAGUGUUAGGGAGUUAUUUUUUAAAUUUCUAACAGGGAAAUUGCAUCAGAAACAGAACCUAACUUGCAGAAUACUGCAGAAGAAGAGUGUCAAUGAAAACAAUAUCUAAAAUAAAAAUAGUAAAAUACA